UCUCCAACUACAACAACCACUACCCCAACUACAACAACCACUACCCCAACGACAACAACCACGACCCCAACUACAACAACCACUACCCCCACUACAACAACCACUACACCAACUACAACAACCACUACACCAACUACAACAACCACUACCCCAACUACAACUACCACUACCCCAACUACAACAACCACUACCCCAACUACAACAACCACUACCCCAACUACAACAACCACUACACCAACUACAACAACCACUACCCCAACGACAACAACCACGACCCCAACUACAACAACCACUACCCCAACUACAACAACCACUACACCAACUACAACAACCACAACCCCAACUACAACAACCACUACCCCAACAACAACAACGACUUCUCCAACAACAACAACGACUUCUCCAACUACAACAACCACUACCCCAACUACAACAACCACUACCCCAACGACAACAACCACGACCCCAACUACAACAACCACUACCCCCACUACAACAACCACUACACCAACUACAACAACCACUACACCAACUACAACAACCACUACCCCAACUACAACUACCACUACCCCAACUACAACAACCACUACCCCAACUACAACAACCACUACCCCAACUACAACAACCACUACACCAACUACAACAACCACUACCCCAACGACAACAACCACGACCCCAACUACAACAACCACUACCCCAACUACAACAACCACUACACCAACUACAACAACACCUUCCCCAACUACAACUACCACUACCCCAACUACAACAACCACUACCCCAACUACAACAACCACUUCCCCAACUACAACUACCACUACCCCAACUACAACAACCACUACCCCAACUACAACAACCACUACACCAACUACAACAACA